AUGACAGAAAAUAAAACAGUUGACACCACCAAUGAAGAGAAUGGCAUUUACAAGAUUCUGAAAGAUUUUCCACCUGGGCCUUUAGAUAUCUACAGGUCUAAAGCUACGUUUUGCUGGAAAAAGAUGAUGUUAUUUUUGGAAGGAGAAGAUAUACUGAAAUUUAAGAAUAUGUUUUGGAAGACAUUAGAAAAUGAUGCACUGUUUGCAAGACAAGAUGAGACCAGUUUAGAGAAAAUUCGAGAUAUAGCCACUCAGAGAGUUAAAAGAUUAUAUGAAUAUAAUUUUCUCCCUGAUGAAGAAUUGUUUUUCAAUCCUUUAAAACAUAAUAUAUAUACACAACUUAUUGGUAUGGUAGACUGGAGUAUGUCAACUAAAAGUAUGCUCAAUUUUGAGAUGUUUGGAGGCAGUGUACAGAAUAUGGGUUCAGCUAGACAUGCUCAACUUAUAGAAGAUAAUAAGGCAUUUCAAAAUUUUGGAUGUUUUGCUCUGACAGAAUUGAGUCAUGGUAGUAAUACCAAAGCAAUGAGGACAAAGGCCACGUAUGAUCCUCAAACGAAGGAAUUUGUAUUGACAACUCCAGAUUUUGAAGCUACUAAAAUAUGGGUUGGUAAUCUAGGAAAAUCUGCUACCCAUGCUGUAGUUUAUGCUCAACUCUAUACUCCAGAUGGUUGGUGCCAUGGUCUGCAUGCCUUCAGUGUUCCCGUCCGUGAUCCUAUGACUUUAAAACCUUAUCCUGGUAUAUUUGUGGGUGAUAUGGGUGAAAAGAUUGGAUUGAAUGGAAUUGAUAAUGGGUUUCUAGCUUUUAAUAGUUAUAGACUAUCAAGAGAAUGUCUAUUAGAUAAAUUUGGUGAUGUUUCAGAAGAGGGCAAAUAUAUAACUCCUUAUAAGGAUCCUAGUAAGAGAUUUGGUGCAUCAUUAGGAGCUCUAUCAGGAGGUCGUGUUGGUAUAACUGGUAUGGCUGUAGUCAAUAUUAAACUAGCUAUUACUAUAGCUAUCAGGUACUCAGCUGUCAGGAGACAAUUUGGUCCAGCAGAAGAAGAAAUACCAGUGUUGGAAUAUCAAUUACAACAAUGGAGAUUAAUACCAUACCUAGCUGCUGUGUAUGCUGUAGAUAAUUUCUCUAAUUCAUUCUUCAUGGAUUUUGUAAUGUUACGUGUUGGUAUGAUGGCAGGGGAUAACAGUAAAAGACAGAGUGAAUUAGGCCGAGAGAUACAUGCCUUAUCUUGUUCUGCUAAACCUAUAGCUAGUUGGAUAGCCAGAGAUGGAAUACAAGAAUGUCGUGAAGCUUGUGGUGGUCAUGGCUACUUCAAAGUUAAUCGUUUGGGUGAUAUCAGAAAUGACAAUGAUCCUAACUGUACUUAUGAAGGAGAUAAUAAUGUAAUUUUACAACAAACUAGUAACUAUAUACUGGGUAUGGCAGAAACAUUUAAAAAUACUAAAGGAAAAUUUGAAACACCAUUAGGUAGUUUAUCAUUUCUAUCAGAUAUACAUUCUAUAUUAAAAUCAAAGUUUAAAGCUUCUAGUCCAACUGACUGUUGUCAACCUCAAGUGGCAUUAGCAGCGUAUAAAUGGUUAGUAUGUUAUCUGACAAUGGAAUCAGCUGAAAGAGUUAAACAGGAAUCAUUAUCAGGAAAAGAUUCAUUCACAGCUCGUAAUGAUAGUCAAGCUUUUUACUGUCGUACUCUAUCAUUAGCUUAUAUAGAGUGUAAUAUAUUAGAGAGAUUUGUAAAGUUACUAGAAGAAAAAGAUAAUGAAGCUACACCAGUAGAAUUAAAACCAGUAUUAACUAGACUCUGUGCCUUAUAUGGUCUAUGGAGCAUGGAAAAACAUCUUACAACUUUUUACCAAGGAGGUUAUGUGUCUGGAAGUGAACCACCCAAGUUAAUACGAGAGUCUAUAUUAAAGUUAUGUCGUGAAUUAAAGAAUGAUGCUGUAUCACUAGUAGAUGCUAUAGCACCUCCUGAUUAUAUUUUAUCUUCACCUAUUGGCUUAUCUGAUGGCCAGAUUUAUAAGAAUUUAUAUGGUGCUAUGUUACAGACUCCUGAUUGUUUACAAAGACCACAUUCCUGGCAAGAUUUCUUAGAUAAACCCAUUGCUGGUUCUAGACCUAAAGCCAAAUUAUAA